AUGGUCAUCUUCACAAACUACUUGAACACAUCGCAGGGCGGAAAUAGGGCGAUCUUCCAGACGAACAGCGAUGUAGUGACUAGCAACCUGUUACGCUCGGAAGGAAUCGACCCUAACCUCCUGUAUGGGUCCCGAAUGUCGCAGACAACGUGGGCCUUCAACAUUAAAAAUGAGGUGACUUACGAUAUCGGCAAUUUCUCAUAUCUCGACUGUUACGACCGGAUAUCCGACUCCGACGCUUGCGAGGCCGGUUAUCAGCUCAAUUAUUGGCUUGCUGAUACACAGCCUCAAAGCCUCGAGGCCGUGGAAAGCUAUAUCCGCAGCGAUAUUCAUGCUGACAUUACUGCACAUGUCCUUGACGAAACAUGUCUCUUCGAUUCAUAUUAUUGGGAGUCAGGUAUUGAUAUGGGUGACUGUCUUGUCAUCCCUAGAAAGGGACAAUGUCAACUCUUUUACAACCCGCCAAUCAGCAUUACCGUUAUCAUAACGGCCGCCAUCAAAGUCGCUGCUAUGUUCCUGGCUGCGAAGCUCGACCGUCGCCGCUCUAAGCCUCUUCUCACGGUUGGGGACGCAGUCGCCUCUUUCCUGACGCAUCCAGACCCCACAACAAGGGGUGCCUGCUGGAUGGCCAAGUCCGACGUAGACAGGACAUGGCAAACCCUAGGGGCCACAUCACCAGAUUACGGUGGCGACGCACGGGGAAUAUACUUGAAGCCUGGACGCCUAUCUCGUCGGAGGCAUUGGUGGCAGGCGGCAAGCAGUCUUAGAUGGGUGGUAACUUUCUUACUGAGCGGGAUGUGUCUCGGCGUCGGUGGAUACCUGCUUGGACAAGCCGGCAGCGUGGUUGGUGUCAAUGAUAUGUCCGUGAAACACUGGUGGCAGUUGGGCUUUGGCACCAAAACAGGCAGCGCUGUUAUCAACGCCCUGGGAUGGCCUAUCCUCGCCUACGUUAUCGUUGCCAACACGCCCCAAUUCAUUAUUACCAUCAGCUACUAUUUCUACAACAAUGUUUUAUCCAGCAUGCUCGCUGCAGCGGAGUACAGCUCGUACGGGGCAUCGCGCAAGCCACUCCGCGUCACAUGGCCUUCGCCAGACUCACUGCAGCGCUCGACAUAUUGGCUGAGCGUUCCUUAUCGAUACAGCAUUCCACUGUUGGCUUUGUACGCUGUUCUUCACUGGACGAUCUCACAGAGCUUGUUCUACGUGCAGAUCGUGCCACGCGAUAAGUUCUCCCAACCAAUAGAUGGUCAGGUACUCAAAGGGCUGGGAUACUCGCCCAUUGCCAUUUUCGCAUCGCUUCUAGUAGGAGGUGUACUAAUCUGCACGCUCAUCGGAAUGGCAGCCUUUCGCCACUUCCGAUGCUCUGUACCGCUAGCCGGAAGCUGUUCUGCUGCGAUCAGUGCAUCCUGCCAUCCGGGGGACGAUGUGGACCUUCAGACUGUUGCUUUGGGCGAUGUGACCUGGGGGGAGACCGUUUCAUUGCCGGCGUGGAUGGGAAACGAUACCGCUCAUGGCCACUGCAGUUUCACUUCCGGAGACGUUUCGAAACCAUCGCUAGAUAAGGUAUAUGCCUAG